UUUCCUUUGAAGUUUUAAAAAAAAAUAGGCAAAGUAAUCAACCCUUUGUUACAUUUUUAAAUUGGAGCAGUUUUUACCAGAAUGUUGAUCUUUAUUGGACUACGGGGAUACAUCUAAGGAUAUUAAUGAUCAGCUGGAGAGUUCAUUUCACAAAUAAGUUAAACAGGAAGAUGCCACUACGAGAACAUUGGGAUGGCUUUAGGCAACAGGUACCAAUGAAAUGAAGAAUAUUAUCUUGGAACUCAGAAAGAAAUACAAGGAUCUUCUAACAUUACACAUGUUAUGUAAACCACAGCUCAGCUUCCCUGAACAUCAUAAAGAUAUCAACAGUGGAAAUGUUUCUGUAUCAAAUCAUAUUAGCCAACAUGGUCAUGAUGAUGCACUUCAGAACAAAAUAAAUCUUCCAGGUACCAUUCAAAUGGCCAUUACAGAUUAUCCUGCAAAUUUGACCAAGCCUAAUCAGACCAAGUCUAGAAAAGCUUUGCCUGUAUUAAAUGAAGACGACCUGACUAAAAUAGACAUUACCACACCAACACCAAAGACUAAGGACCUAUCUAUUCCAAAACAUGUAGAAACUACAAACUGUGAAACUUUGUUGUUAGAAAAUGAACAUAAUGUGGAAACUGCACACAGUGGAACUGCGAUGUUAGAAACUGAACAGAAUGUGGAAACUGCACACAGUCAAACUGUGGUAUUACAAGGUGAACAGAAUAGUAAAACAACACAUGGUGACACUGUAGUUUUAGAAAAGUGUCCACCAUCAGAAAAUAUUCAAUCUACCAACAUAAUGAAGUUUGUUUUAAUACCAGUCAUGUCAGUUGAUGUAAAUAAUCCAAUUACAAAAACUACAGACACUGAUGCAAAGAAAAUACUGAACACAAGUUGUGUCAAAUCAACUGGUGCAUCACCACCCUUCAAAGGGAACAUGUCUGAUAUACAACUCAUAAGCAAUAAAGACAAAACAAGAAAUAAUCCACCUAAAAAUGUAAUGGCCGCAUCAACAACCAUGGAUAGGAAUGAGACAGACAAACAACUCAUAAGCAAUAAAGACAAAACAAGAAAUAAUACACCUAAAAAUGUUAAAGCGGCAUCAACAACCUCGGAUAGGAAUGAGACAGCCAAACAACUCAUUAGCAAUAAAGACAAAACAAGAAAUAAUCAACCUAAAAUUGUAAUGGCCGCAUCAACAACCACGGAUAGGAAUGAGACAGACAAACAACUCAUUAGCAAUAAAGACAGAGAAAUCAAUAGUCAAACUAACAACACAAGUACUGCACAAAUCCUGUUAAAUGAAAAUAUUUGGACUAUUCAAACUAAAGGGGGUAAUCAUAUAUAUAAAGUCAAAAGAAAAUACCGGGAUAUUCAACCAUGUGGAACUUCUAUUGCAUCUUUUUCGUCAAAUCAGUUAGAUGUUAAUAAUAUAGCUUUGCCAACUACAGUCAGUGAAAUAAAGAAAAUAGAUAAUCUCCUAGAAAACAAGGAAGCAUCAGCCUCAUUGAUAGAAAAUAUGUCUGAAGACACUAAUAUGACUGUUGAUGAUUAUAACCCAAAUACAAAUUCAUCUACCAUACCUACACAGUUGAAUGUAAAUGAGUUCACUAUGAAUAUAAGGCGUGACAUCAAGGAGAAAUAUAAACAAACUAUAAACUCUACAACAUAUACUCCAUUUAGUGUAAAUACUGACAAUGAAGAGAAGGAGAAAUAUAUUGACAACAAAAGACCAACUGCAAUGGUGACACGAUCAGGACGAGUGAAAAUCUCUGUCCUUCCCUUUACCGACUACAGCAUUAUGGAGGAGUAUACUCAUGAUAAAGCCCCAACUGCCAUGGGAACCAGGUCAAUACGAUCUGAAGCAAAUACCGCUGUACUUCAAGAGGACAAUGUCGUUAUGGAGGGGUAUACACAUACUAAUACCCCGAUUGUCACCCAGUCAUGUCAGCUAGGGGUGAAAAACACCGUCAUCCAAGCUAUAAACAGCAGCAAUAUGGAGGGGAUUACUCAGAAUAACACUUCACCUGUUAUGGCAACCAGAUCAAGUUCAACAUGUAGGACAAAAUCCAUUCCUGGUACCGACAAUAUCAUCAAUGUUUCAACUGCCAUGGCAACAAGGUCAGGUCAAUUAGGUGUAAAAAGCUCUAUUGCUGGUACCGACACUAUCAUCAAUGUUUCAACCGCCAUGGCAACAAGGUCAAGCCAAUCAGGUGUUAAAAUCUCUAUUCCUGCUACAGAUGGUAUAACCAAUUAUGGCUUUACUAAUAAUGAUGCCUCAACUUCAACUUAUAGAAAAGACGCGUCAAUUAUGCCAGUUGAAAAUAUUGCUGAAUUCUCAGACAAAGAUAUGGAGUCAACAAAAACACAAGAAGCAGUCAGUGCCAUUAUUGAUGUCGAUCAGACUGGGCAGUGUAUGGGAACCUGUGAAGCAGAUGAGACGUACCAUGAUAUGGAUGACCCAUCUUUGUCAGAUGAAGACAAGAAGAUGGAGUCAAAGGAAACUAGUGAAGCAGUAAAGGCCAUUGUUGAUAUUGGUGAUGCUGAUAGGGAGGACAUAACUUCUAGAAGAACAGAUUUAAAGGCAUCGGGCUCUGGUGGACAAAAUGAUGGGAAUAGUGUUACAGACAAUGCACAGAAGGACACGACAGAUGGGUUUAUAUGUGAUAUAGGCGAUUGCAGAAAGGUGUUUUCUACGUAUAAGUACUUAGGGGUUCACAAGAGAAAAACACAUUCAACUAAAACCUAUGCAUGUGAUGUGUGCGGUAGAGGGUUUCCCCACAAACGAUACCUGAAAAACCACAGUAAACUACACAGUGAUGAUAAACCGUACAAAUGUCAGGUGUGUGGUAAACAAUUUCGUCAAAAGCAGAACCUCACAAGACAUCUAAAAUCACAUGGGGAUAGAGUCAUAGAAACGCAUACAUGUGAUAUAUGUGGGAAGGUGUUUAGAGAAUCGUCAAAUUUACAAGCUCAUGUCAAAACACACACGUCUGAAAACAACUUUGUGUGCGACCUGUGUGGUAUGACGUUUAAAUUGAAAAGAUACAUGGUUCGCCAUCACAAUGUUAAACAUUCCAUUCAGAAACAGUUUACAUGUGAAGUGUGUAACAAAGUGUUCCGUCAAAAGGUAACUCUAAAAAAUCACAUGACUACACAUGUUGUUGGUAAAAUGUUUGUGUGUGAAGUGUGUGGUCAAGAAUUCUCACAGAAAGGUUCUAUUAAAAGACACAUGGAUAGAGUACACACGGGUAAUACAACAUGUGAAAUAUGUGGUAUAAUAGUCAGACCGGAACGUCUUCAGAAACACUUGAGGGGGCAUACUGGGGAAAAAGCUCACAAAUGUCAGGUGUGUAAUAGAGAGUUUGAUAGGAAAAGUGCUUGGCUGAAUCACAUGAAAACUCACACAGGAGAGAAACCACACUUAUGCGAUCUUUGUGGCAAAGGUUUUUCCACUACCUCGUUAUUAAAUGUUCACAUGCGAUCACAUACCGGUGAAAAGCCUUUUAAAUGUGACAUAUGUGGUAAAGGGUUUAGCCAGAGUGGACCUCUAAAGACCCACAAGCUGAUCCACACGGGGCUUAAGCCAUAUAUAUGUGCUGUAUGUGGUAAAGGAUUUACUCAGCCUGCAAGUCUUCAACAACACAGGACAACACAUUUAGAUUAUAACGCUCAUCACUGUGACAUUUGUUCGAACACUUUUAAACACCGACAUAGCUUACUUAGACAUAUGUUAAAACGUCAUAAUAUAGGCAAGCAUGCGGUCAGUAAAUCAGGAAAUAGUGAUGGUAGACAGACAGUCGGUAUGACUGGUCACAAUGAUGGCAGACAGGACGUUAAUUUGACUGAUCGCAAUGAGUGCCGACAAGCAGCGAGUAUGAUUGACCACAAUCUUGGUAGACAGGUAGACAUAAAUGAUUUUGGUGCAGGUGGUCAAUCUACUGUUGAUAUAUCUCGUUUGUAUUUUGUGCAUGAAGAGACUAUACAGAAUACCUACUAUUAGUUUCAUCUGAUCUCACGAAGAGACUAUACAGAAUUCCUACUAUAAGUUUCAUCUGAUCUCACGAAGAGACUAUACAGAAUACCUACUAUUAGUUUUAUCUGAUCUCGUGAAGAGACUAUACAGAAUACCUACUAUUAGUUUCAUCUGAUCUCAUGAAGAGACUAUACAGAAUACCUACUAUUAGUUUCAUCUGAUCUCAUGAAGAGACUAUACAGAAUACCUACUAUUAGU